AUGCAGCCUGAUAUCCCCCAGCGUGAGGCCACUCACAAUAUCCAGCCUAGCGAUGAGUGGAAGCUCGAGCAGGGCUUAGCAGGAGUAGAGUUGCAUAUGCUUGACCAAACGAAGCAUAACGAGGUCAACGGCGAUGCUACAGAUUGGGAACGAGCAAUCCAGCCAAUUACGAAAAAGUUCGAUAGUAAACUAGCUGUCGACGAAUUAGUGGGCUGGGAUGGUUAUGUUGAAUGGGAAGACUACCCGGAUAAGAAGCGUAGGGCACAUGAGAUUCUCGUCUCUCAAACUUUCCCUCCGCCACCCGAAUUCCAGUUGGCACCCAUUCCUGGUACCAAUCCAGUUCUUGAAGGAAUCCGCUGGAAACUAUGGCAUCGAGCCAUUGGCGGCCGUCUAGCAGUAGUCCCAGAAGAAUCCUGGGCUAUUGUACUGAAAGAAAAGUCACCGGAUAUGCUGCAUCUCCUCCAGUUCCCAUACAAUGGAGAACCACCUAAAAAGCUCGUAACUGCUCAGCCGGUUACACCGAAUCCUCUGCACUUUAUCCGCAAUCACGGUGGCAUCCCGUCUAUCGAUCCGUCUGCAUGGUUCCUCCGUCUGGGCGGCCUGGUAAAGACACCUCAGAAGCUAACGUUGUCAGACCUUCAGGAUGAGAGCCGGUUUCCACGCAUGGAGAGGUUAGUAACUAUUCAAUGCAGCGGUACACGGCGCAUCGAGCAGAUAAGCUUGUACGCUGGCGAAGGAGACGAAAUGAUCAAUGCUCCUUGGGCAGAGGGAGCUAUCGGGACAGCAAAAUACGUGGGGGUGUCACUUAAGAAGGUGAUAAAACAUUGCGGCGGGCUUGAAGAUGGCGCGAAGCAUCUAGAGCUCGUUGGUGCCGAUACGUACUUCAAAACGAACGAGGUCAUGAACUACGCCAUCAGCGUACCUUAUUCCAAGGUUAAAUCUCAUGAGGUUAUGCUCGUUUGGGAAAUGAAUGGCGAGCCUCUUCCCAAGAUCCACGGCGCACCGGUUAGGGCGGUGGUGAUGGGCUAUAUAGGUGCCAGAAGUGUCAAGUGGCUAUAUCGCAUAAACGCAAUAUCGGAACCGACGAAAGCCCCGGUGCAGAGCAGAGAGUACUUAUACUUCAACCAGCAAGUGGGCAAGCAUAACCAACGCUGGAUUGAUGGAAUUCAGAUACAAGAAAUGCCCGUGAGCAGCGCUAUCAUGUCGCCUUGGAAUAAACAGGUCGUACUACACGACGGGAAAAUUGAAGUUAAAGGAUGGGCAUACUCAGGGGGUGGCCGUUGGCCCGAGCGAGUUGAGGUCAGCGCCGACGGUGGAUUCUCGUGGUAUGCCGUACCGACGGAAAAUCUAAGCCCUAAGCAUAAAUUCGCCUGGCGUAUAUGGCACACGUGGUUGCCUUGCGAUGUUGAGGGAUGGAUAGAGAUUGUAGUACGGUGUUGGGAUAACAGCCUUAACACACAACCGACCGAGGUUAGGAAUACAUGGAACUGGGGUCUGCAUGUGACGAGCAGCGCUCAUCGUAUCAGAGUAUACAGCGUGAACAAUACCAAGGAAAAGACAAGAGAGAGGCUGGAAGAAUUUGAAAAACGAGGUAUGUCGUUCAUACCUAUUACACGACCGACCGAGUUUCCUCAUAUGACUUGGGAGGAGUAUGAGGAGUAUUUUAGAAAGAAUGGACCUAGAGAUGUGGACGAGUAG